AUGAGUAAAGGUACGUUUAAAAUAACUGUUAAAACUGCGAAUCUUACAAAACUCAAAGAAGAAGCUAACAAAAUAUAACCGUUUGCUUAAAUAGUUUUUGGAGAAUAAGUCUAAAAUACAAAAGUAUAUGAAGGGGGAGGCUUAAACCCUACAUGGAAUGAAACUUUUGUUUUUAAAAAAAAAGAUGAAUAUAGACUUGGUAUUUACGUAUUGAAAAGCGAUACGGGAAGCAAAGAUGAUUUGAUAGGUAUGCAAGAAGUAGGAAUCAAUUCAUUUAUUAAAAAGAAAAGUGUAGUUGAUCAUCCAGUAGAAUUGAUGAGCGAAGGAGCUAUAAUUGGUGAAAUAUUACUAAAUAUUGAGUUUAUCUAAGAAGCUGGACCUGCUCAGUCGUGGUUAAACACUAAUAAGAAAAAAAAGCAAUUUAAUGUGCAUAAAAUUUUAAUCACAAAAAUAAAAGCAAAUUUGGAAUUUGAGAGUGGUAACUCACCUUCUCUUGCUGAUAUAAAUAACUUGAGCCCAAUUUUAAAAAUAACUAUGGGAAAAAAAACUUGGAGAACAAAUCCUUCUAUAUCAUCUGGAAAGAAUCUUAAGUGGCCAGAGACUUUUAAUUUAGUGAUAGAAACCGAAUAAGAACUCUCUUUAGAAAUAGUUGAUGGUGAAUAAAUUGAAGAAAAAAUUGGAUCUGCUAUCUUAAAAUUUAAAUAAAUUCCCUAAGGAUCUACAUCUAAUAAAAUCCCACUCAUUUUAGAUGGGUAAACAGUUGGAAAUCUAUAUUUUUAAAGCGAAUAUUAACUACCUGAGGCUCCUCCUACCAUUAGCUUAGAUGACUCUCUUGCAAGUAUAGGAAGAUUAGCCAGUCCAUAUAUAUUUAGACCAGCAAAACUUAUUGUUUCUACUAUUAGGGUUUAUUUAGAAAAAAAUCUAUAAGUUUAAGAUCCUUAAGUUCUGAUUCUUUGGGGAAGUUAGAUAGAAAAAUCGUCUGUAUUGACAGAUUAAACAACCUCAAAGCCUGAAUGGAAAGAGCUAAUUGUGUUUAACUAAAGUUCUUUCGAUAAUAAGAUUGAAGUUAAGCUUCUCGAUAAAAACAUUAAAUCAGAAGAUGAUUUUAUAGGGUAUGGGUAUCUAAUACUCGAAUCCUCUGUUUCAGAAGGUGGUAAGUUCAGGUCUUAAAAAAUAGAGCUUUACAAUUAUAAUGUCUUACAAGGCUAAAUGUAUAUAGACUUUGAAUUUAAAUUAGAAAAUUAAGGUAAAGAUUCCUCUAAAAAUGAUCCAUUGGAUGUUAAAAAGAAGACUAAACCAACAGAGGAGGAAAUAAAAAAAAGAGAAAUACUUUAAAAAAGAAGAGAUCUUAUGAAGUAAAGUGUGAUGUCUAAUGAAAGAAACAAAAGCUUUUUACCUUAAUUAGACGAUAAUAGCAAUAUAUUUAGAAUAAAAACUCCUGCAAUUAGACACUCCCCUUCACCCCCAAAACCCCCUCAAGCAAUAAAAGUUGCUCACUCAAUAUCUUUACCAAAAAUAAACUAUAAAAUUAAUGUUUAUGAGUACAAUAAACUCUAUAAAGAUUCUGUAUUUGGUUUGGGAAUGUCAAAUGUUCACAGUGCUUAAUCCUUAAGGCAUAGUAUUCCCUCUUUCUCUAUAAGUUAGGCACCAAGGUUUCCAGAAAAGAAGUAUGAUGGGUUUGAUUCAUUCAGUUAUAAUGCUCCUUCUAACUUUAAUGGGAAAUAUUUUGAUAAUGGUAAAUUUACCAAACAAAAAUUAUUUACUCCAGAUUCGAGAUAUCAAAUUUUCCAUAAGUCUCCUACUCAAAAACCAGGUGUCUCAUUUGGUUUAGGAUAAAGAUUUUAAACUAAAGUAGAUAACUCACCUGGUUAUUAUUAAGGUCCUUAGCUUCUUAAUUAUAAUUGA